GAGUAGAGAGCCGUGAGUGUAGAGGAGAACAGUGUGGAGAAGUGCAGAGAGCAGAAAAGGAGGAGGAGGAGAAACAGGAGGAAGAGGGGGAAGGAGAGGGGGAGAAGAGUUGAGGGGUGGUGAGGAAGAGGAAGAUGAGGAGAAGUGUAAACACACUCCAGAUUGGAUCUUUGCAUCAAUGAAAUCUCAAACCCACAGUCUAGGGGAGACAUGAGGAAGGAACCCCACUGACCUCUGCCAGAGAACACAAUACAGUAAAUCAUGAGCACUCCAAUAACAACAAGCCCGAAUAUGGUGGUCUCCCAGGAGAUGGCAUUGCUUAGCAACCUAAUGGCAGCUUACACUUUCAUUGCAGACCAACCUGAGCGGGCAGCCCUGGUGUUUCUGGGUGGUGUGUGUGCCGGCCUCCUCGUCACACUCUGUGCAAUCGUCUUCCAGAUACACUGUCGAGCAGACUGUAACUACGGAAACAGUAACAACCCUCACCAUCGCCACAGGAGCAGGCACCAUCACCGUCACCACCACCAUCACAGCUGUCCCCGCCAUCAGCCCGGCAACAGUAAUCCAGACAGCACUGCUGUUGUUGCGUCUGGAGGGGCUGGGCCUGUGGGGGACAGUGAGUCAGAGGAGUGGGACGACCCGUCUGACCCAUCGGCACGACGACGCAGACGCUUUGAGAGAGCUCUGCUGCAUGCCACCAUGUUCACAUCGGCUGAGGGUACACACACAAACACAAUGACAUAUACCCAGGCUGCACCAAGGGAAGAGUUGGACCGAGCCCAGCGGCUAGAAGAGCGGGAAAGGAUUCUUCGAGAGAUCUGGAUGAACGGACAACCUGACAUCAGCACAGUCACUCAGAGCCUCAACAGAUAUUACUGACACAUGUUCAGUCCGGAGGACAUGAAGAUGCACAGGUGGAUAAAAGAUAGAAUAAAAGAUAAACAAACAAAGUAAAAAAACAACUGGAUGAAAGGAACAUUAUAACCAUUGGUUUUGGGGGGCAGUGUCUGCCCAAAGAAACCCUCAUAGAUCAAACUGGUGCAGACAGCACUGCCUGGAGCAGUCGUCUACGGUAAAAACAACAGGAACAACACAGAAGUUGUGAUGGUUCAGUCCUACAACACAGGACGACUCAGAGGUGGAAAAGACAAGAAAAGACACAAUGGGACGUACUGUAGAGACCAUGGAUUCUCAGGACUGUUAUAAUACAACGAAUGAAAAGAACCGGGAGAAAUACCAAAACCAUGUGAAGUGAAACUACUGCCAUGAUGUUACCAUCAUUGAAAACUGCACAAGGGAUUAGAUAACUAUUCAAAUAUUUAAUCCGAGGCUUUUUAAGAAACAUGGAGUUUGUACAGAGGAGGAAUAAGAGUCAUCAUGGAGGCUGCAGCUCUGCAGCUUUUAAUGAGAGUACGGAUUCAAAUAUUCAUGAUACUGUGUUGUUGCACUUUUCUCAGCUCACCCUGUGUUUUUAAAAAUGUUAUAAUCAUGAGCUGCUACUGGAACCUCUUUGUAAGGUUAAAUAGAAGGGAAGGUAAACUUCAGCUCCGUGCCAGGAAGGAUUAUAACACAUGCUGGUGCUUUUACUGCUGCAAAUUUUCAUCCCUAACUAACCUGAUGAAUGCACAUUAACAGGGGGUUGAUUGAAAGAAAGAAAUGGGGAUACAGGACCAAGGAGCCAGCCUACAGCUCGUGUGUAGGUUGUAUCUGUAGCUUAUCAGCUGUAGGUGUUGUUUAGGACAGCAGGUCAUCAUGUCAGAAAAGAUCAUGCUGCCUUAUUUUAUUUGUCUCCUGUCGUAAAGAGCUGAAAAAUAUGAAUACAUGUUUUAUUCAAGGAUUUUAUGAACACUGUUUUCAGUACAUAUUAUUGAGUAAAGCCUCUUAUCAAAAUCUAA